CCGGCGUCGCAGGCGCGGGCUCCGCAGGCUCCGUCGCUGACCGGCCGGGCGCGGCGCGCGGAGCGUCGAGGUCGCCGCCGCCGGGGGAUGGCGCGUGCGGGGGUCUGGAUGCUGGUGGUCGGCGUCCUGCUGGCGUUGGCGCCGGGCCGGGCCGCAGGCGCCCUGAGAGCGAGCAGACGCCCGGCGCGGCCGCGGGGCUGCGCCGACCGGCCGGAGGAGCUCCUGGAGCAGCUGUACGGGCGGCUGGUGGCGGGCGUGCUGGGCGCCUUCCACCACACGCUGCAGCUGGGGCCGCGCGAGCAGGCGCGUAACGCGAGCUGCCCGGCAGGGGGCAGGCCCGGCGACCGGCGCUUCCGGCCGCCCACCAACCUGCGCAGUGUGUCGCCGUGGGCCUACAGAAUUUCCUACGACCCCGCCAGGUACCCGAAGUACCUGCCCGAGGCCUAUUGCCUGUGCAGGGGCUGCCUGACCGGGCUGUUCGGGGAGGAGGACCUGCGCUUCCGGAGCGCCCCGGUGUACAUGCCCACCGUCAUCCUGCGGCGGACCUCGGCCUGCGCGGGCGGCCGCUCGGUGUACGCGGAGGAGUACGUCACGGUGCCGGUGGGCUGCACCUGCGUCCCCGAGCAGGAGAAGGAAGCAGACAGCAGCAACUCCAGCAUGGACAAGCAGGGCCCCAAGCUCCUGCUCAGCCCCAGCGACAAGCCGGGCCGGCCCUGAGCCCUGCCGCUGUCCGAGGCCCCUCUCCCUGGAGCGCGCGGGCUGGUUCCACCUCCCAGGAGCGAAAACGAAGACGGAAAGGGGUAAAGGACACAACUGAACGGGAGAGGUUUCCGACCCGACUGCUUGGCAGCUCACUCUCACACAGCAUCAUCCCCUGGUUUUCUUGGAGGCAGCAGCACAGGGUCGGUGAAGGCUGCCGGGAAGUUACCCGGUACAUGGCAGCAGGCAGGGCGCGGACGGCCAGGGCCCGCGGAAGGUGGCUGGAGCCUGGCAAGCGCAGAAGUGUCUUCGUGGCCCUCCCUCCGUGGCCCUCCGGGCUCAGACCCUUCCCCCACCCCCCAGCUACAGUGCGGCGGCGCCCUUAGGACGCUCUGGGAAGCAGGGCGAGCCUUCACAAGAUAGAUGGUAAAUGGGUGCUUCUAAAAGAGGGCUUUUUUUUUUUUUUAAGUGGAAUAUAUACCUACUUUUUUGUUCAAUGUUUUCAAUGAGGCAGAAACUAUUUUUAUAUUAGGAAUUUUGAGUAUAUUAAAAAUUUUUUACUUGACAUGUAUUUUAUAACCAUUCUGUUUUCACUUCCUCUGGUAAGAUUUUUUAGAAGCACAGCUGGAAUCCUCAGAUAAACUUUUUAGCUGGCACUGGGGCCCCAGUCCCUGAGGCCCGAGUCCCUGAAUUCAGCCUGUCCCCAGUUGCUGACCAUAACAAAACGGACAGGGUUGAAUGUGACCUCCCGUGAAGAUUUUCACAGGCUGCUCCAUGAAUA